AUGUGCAAAUGUCUCCGCGACAACGAAGAAGCCGCCAUGCGCCGUGACUUGGAAAAAGAAAGAGAACACAAACGCCGAGAAAACGAAGAAGCCGCAGAAGCAUUCCGACGUGGGCAGGAAGAACUUAAAGAGAAGAACCGCCGGGAGGCGGAAGAAAGACGACGGGCUCAGCAAAAAGCCGACGAAGAAGCCAGGGACAGAGCCCGCCGGGAAGCGGACAGAAAGCAGCGAGCUGAUGAAGAGGCCAGGGAGAGAAGUCGCAGGGAAGCCGAAGAAAGACGCCGAGCGGAUCAGAGGGCCGAAGAAGAAGCUACGGAGAAACGCCGCCGGGAAGAAGAACAACGACGUCGGGCGAAAGAAAAGGCCGACGAAGAAGCCAUGGAGAAGCGCCGCCGGGAAGUGGAGCAAAGGCGACGGGACGAGGAGGAAGCUAGGGAGAGAGACCUCAGGGAGGCGGAAGAGAGGCGGCGGCAGGCCAAGAAAGAAGCCGAUGAAGAAGCCAUUGCGAGAAGGCGUAGGGAGCACGAGAGAAAGAUGGCUGAAGAUGAACAGGAAAUGGAAAGAAAACGCAGAGAGCAUGAGAAGAAGAUGGCAGAGCAUGAUAAGAAGAUGGCAGAAGACAUUGAGCGACGCCGGCGGGAGCAUGAGAAGAGAUUGGCAGAAGAGGAAGCACAAGCAAAGGAGAUCGAAAGGCAGAGAAAGGCGGAGCUCGACCGACUGGCCAAAGAACAACGGGAUCUGGAUUUGAUGAUUCAAAAGUCCAGAGAAGAAGCAGAACGGAAGAAGAGAGAAAAGGAGGAAGAGGAGCAGCGAGCUCUGAGGGAGUCUGAAAGAUGGGAGCAAGAGAAGAGGUACCGAGAGGAACUA